AUGGGAAUCACAAAAUUACAUGGACUGGUUAUUCUGGUGACAGCAGGAAUCACUGGAGCAAUCUGGCCACAAACAGACUUUAAUGAAACAUCUCCAAUGCUUUCAUGGAGGUGGGAUGUACUGGUGUUGACACCAUGGUUGGCUCCAAUUGUGUGGGAAGGCACAUUCAGUAGAGACAUCCUGAAUGCUCAGUAUAUGCAGAAGAACCUGGUCACGGGAGUGGUCACUUUUGCUGUUAGAAACUACUGAUAUGUCCAGUUCAUAGAAGGGUUCAUAAGAUCUGCCAACAAGUACUUCCUUGCUGGGCACCGGGUGAAUUUCUACUUGUUUACAGACAAUCCUGAGAAGAUCUCUCACCCUCAGAUGGCCCCUGAGAAUCAUCUGUUUGUCAUCCCUGUCCACAAUCACUCAAGGUGGCAGGACAUCUCCACAAGCCGUAUGGAUAUCAUCAAUACAUAUAUCCACAGCCAAUUCCAGUUUGAGGUUGACUGUCUCUACUCCAUAGAUAUUGAUGUCCAGCUAUUGGCACACAUUGGUGUGGAGAUCAUUGAUACACUGGUGGGAACCCUCAGCUCUUGGCAGUUCACCACACAUCAUGAGAACAAAGCCUAUGAGACACGCCCUGAGUCGCAAGUUGCAAUCCCUAAGGGAGAAGGGGACUUCUACUAUACAUCAAGCUUCUAUGGGGGAAGUGUGUCCGAGGUAUACAAACUGACAAGAGACUGUUUUAAGGGGAUCAUGGAAGACAGAGAAAAUGGCAUUGAAGCUAGGUGGCAUGAUGAGAGUCAUCUCAACAAGUAUCUCCUGUACCACAAGCCCACGCGCCUGCUCUCUCCAGAGUACUACUGGGAUGCAGAGCUAAGCUCACCCCCCAUCAUCCAGGUGAAAAGGAUGUGCUCUGUGCACAAGGAUAGCUAGAAACGACCUUCUGAAACAAGGAAAGCAAGUCUUUCCUCUCUACAACCCCAUUGAAUUCUGGGUGGUGGGCAAAAUAACAAUUUCCUUCUAUUUGUAGGGCUGCACACAAUUUCUGCACUAUUAUCCCAUUAAGUGGGUCUCCCUAGCUAGUGUUAGGGACUACUAAACCCAGAUUUUUUUUCUCUUAGUAACUGUUUUUCAACUUUUUGUUCUUUGACAAUUCUUUCAUCUGCAUGUUUACAAGCACAGACUUCUACCCAAACUGGAAACAUAUAAAAAUUGACAAGGACGUACUCAAAAUGACAGUGUUUAGGCAUCUGAAUAAAGUCAAUUUGCAAAUUUACAAAUGGUCCCCACAGUUUAAGGUACGCAAUUAUACUUGUCUUCUGCUGUCAUACUGACAGAGCUGAAAAGCUCUCCUAACAAUAUGAUGAUUUAAGAAUUUGAGCUAUACAUUGCUAGCAAGCAUCAAUCAUUU